UCAUCUCAUCCCUUACGACAACCUUACUCUCUGCAUCCAUCCUCAUCAACCUGAAGGUGGUUCUUGGACCUCUCAAGCCCUAUUCACAGCUGUUUCUAAACCCACAGAACUUCGAUAGCGCUCUUUAUUCCACGUCCAGGAGCACUCCAUAUCGGCUACUCGUUCUUCAGAGGCAUAGACCAGGGACUUGACACACUUUCUUCCAGAAAACACCCCAACUACCCUUAUGGCGGCCGGUCGAGGAGGCGGGCCAACGGCCACUCCCAAGAAGGAGGACCCUGUGAGGCAACAAUUGGUCCAGGCUUUGUUCUCGGAUAGCUCAUCCAGUAACUCUGAGACGUUGCUUACAUAUAUCAAGAUCUAUGAGGAAGAAAAAAGCAGCAAGGACACCAAGAUCAUGCCAACGGGCAAAAAAACAGGAGGCGCGGAGAGAACGAAAAUGCUUUCCAAGCCCAGAUACCUUUGCAUGACUGUUAAGGCGAACGGAAAAGUGCGUCUGCACAAGGUUAAAAAGACAUCGGCAACCUCUUAUCAUAUCGGCAGAACUUGGCAUCUGGAUGAAAUCAAGUCGAUCGAGAAUGUGGACGCAAGGCGCUGGACAGUGGUCAUCAACAGGCCGUAUGCAUGGGUCACAGAUACCGCUGAGGUCAAGAGCGACUUUUUGCUGAUGCUAUUGAAGGUUCUCAGAAGCAACUUGAAGAGACUGCCUACGCUUACCAACAUUGACGAGCCCGCAUUAGCAACCCAGUUCAAUGUGGCGCGAGAGGCACAAAUCGCACCUCCAAACAGAAACCACAGGAUAGCGCCUAUACCCGACCCUGGCACCAUCGCCAACUCUACAGGAACUUUCAACCAGGACUUUGAGAACCGCCUCUCUAUCCAGACCGAACGUAUGAAGCGAAGCGCAGCUCCAUCCAUUUCCUCCCUUGGAUCAACCAUCGUGCCCGGAGCUGCAGGAGGCGCUAGUCCUCGAAGCGAACGCAGCGGAGCAAAGUUUAUAGACGACAAUGAGCCUUUGGAUGAGGUUGCUCUGAUGAACCUGGAGGAACUCUUGUAUGACAUGGAUCUCGCCUCGAGUGAAGAUGGCGUGGCGCUGGAGACGCGACUGAUGAAUGAACUAAACUCCCUGGAGAUGGCAAACGUCUACUCAAUCAUCGAGUCGGAUGAUAGGAUCAAAGAUGUGAUGUCAGAGCUGGACAAGGGUAUUGAGGAACUAGACGACAUGGACAAUUGGUUGUCACUUUAUCGCCAGGAAUUGGAUUCUAUGGGCGACGAUAUCCGGCUGAUCGAGUCCCAGAACCGUGGUCUACAGAUUCAAACCUCGAACCAAGCCAGUCUCUUGAGAGAGCUGGAGAAUCUCUUGAUCUCGAUCACGAUUCCAGACCGGAUCCUUGAGACGCUAAAGAAAGAGACGCUCGAGCGGGAGAGCGGUGUCCACAAGCUUGAAGAUGCAGCAGCAGAGAUUCAGGAUGUGCUGCUGGCCAAGUACGAUGAGGACGUUGCAGGCAUGAGUGCAGUCAGAGGACGCAUGGAGCUAUACGGUUUCCAUUGCUCGAAUUUUGCAGGUAGAUUAGCAGAUUUCCUGAGGAACAGGAUCCAGGCACAGGUGGAUCAUUUUUUGAAUGACAAGCAGCGAACCUUGAGCAAGGGAUACGUGGUGAUGUUUGGAUAUGAGCCGAUUGAGAUUUAUUUUAUUACAUUCCGCGGCUUGAUCGUCUGGCUGCGGGAGAUGGACCCGCGCCGAUUUGCAGAUUUGCAGAUGAUCUUUGUCAACAACCUGAACCGACUCUAUCGAAAAGACAUCAAGGAGUUUUUCAGCGUUCUCUCGACACACCAUGUCGCGAAGCUGGAGAAGCCCGACGACUCUGAGUUCGUUUUUGGGUCAACCUACCAUGGUGGGUUGAUUGCACGCGGAGGAUCUGCUCUUCGAGAAUCACUAUCGUCACCUUCGGACCUUACUCAGAAGAUUCCAUGGCGUAGGCGAUCGACGCGCGCAAACCAAGAUAUCACGUUGGUUGGCAGGAAUGGCACGCUUCACGAGUCUUCGCACAGGAUUGAUGUGGGCCCUGAAGAGAAAUUGGCGGUCGACGAGGCGUUCUCUCAGGCACUUUCGAUUGUCACAACUGUGGCAGCUCGGGAGCAAAACUACAUGUCGGACUUGUUUACACUGGCCAAGAUGAUGUCGAUGCGCAUGUUCAUUGACGAGCCACCACCAUUCUCACUCCAGGAGCUGGAUUCGAAGCGAAAGUCGAGUCUGGAUCUGAAGAGCUCGAAACGGCUGGCACACUUGAUGGGUAUCAUGUUUGACGGCCUGAGUGUGGAACUGAACAACUUUGCGGAGAACGGGGUCAAGAACGAGAGCGUUCAAUGCGUGGGCAUGCUGAUUUCGGUCGAGCGAACACAGAAGGAGUUUGCGGAUUCAGAUCAGAGCUUUUUGAUUACGAUGUUAUCACAGCUGCACACGAAGCUAGUGGACAUGUUUGAAAAGUAUGUGGAGGAGCAGCUCAAGUUUAUUGAGGAGGCACGGCACAGGACCAAGAGAAAGGGCGUUCUCCCCUUCAUGCGGAUUUUCCCUCGCUUUGCGGAGAGGAUGGAGGCACUGUUGGAUGGUAACGGCGACAUUGAGGCGCGCAAGCUGAUCACGGGCGCGUAUGACAAGCUGGUGAGAAUGAUGUUUGAGUCGACGGAGGCGGUGGCCAAGGAGACUGUGGACUUUGACGACAAGGAGCAAGGAUCACAUGUGAUCAAUAUUGAGAAUAUGCAUCAUUUUUACUCGGAGCUUCGACAACGCAAGGUCACGAAUCUUGAAAGUUAUAUGAAGUACGCCAAGAGCUCGUAUGAGAGACAUCUGGAUUCGUAUGUCCGCGGUGUUGUCAGGAAGUCGCUCUUGAAGCUUUUGGAUUUCUUUGAUGGAGUGGAAGGGUUGGUGAAGAGCAAGGCGUCCGAGGAUGUGGCCUUCCACUUGACGUACAACAAGCAGGCGCUCAAGAAGGUCGUCUCACAAUACCCAGCGUCGGCCGUCCGCAAGGAUCUGGCGCAUCUAUACAAGAAGGUCGAGAAACACUUUUCGUCAGAGGAAGAGGAAGGGCUGUUGCAGGUGACAUGGAGAGGUAUCCAGGAGGAAUUUAUUCGACAGCACGAACGUUUCUCGCGACUGAUUCGGGAAUGCUAUCCGGAUGCAGGGUUGCAGAUGGAGUUUUCGAUGCAGGAGCUGCUGGGAUUCUUCUCGGAGAUCACAAAGAACCAUCAUUAAUUCGCGAGGUGCGCUUUGUCGUCGUCGUGCGAAAGCGAUCCAGGCAAGAGGUCAAGCGGAGAUGGAUGAGAUGUGGGAAGGAGCCUCCAACAUUUAUAGACCAGUGUAGAGCUGGAAUAAACGAUCUCGUAACAAAAAAAAAAGUAA